AUGUUUGGAGAGAUAGCACGUCACAUGACAGUGUCGCAAAUUCCAGAUUAUCUGAGAUUAAAUAUGGCAUAUCGAGAAUUAUCGGCCGCUCCAAUUCCGACAGCAAUAAAUGGUACAGAUGGCGUUGAUGCUAUUAUCGGUUUGGUAACGAUUGUCAUUCCACUCGUCGCAUACGUUCAAAAAAAGAGCGAGAAUGAAGUUAAAACUGACGAAAAGGAAUCCGAAAAUAAAAUGGAAAAGGAUACGAACAAUGAACACAACAUUAAUGUUGACCAAGAGAAUGAAUCUGAUGAUAAAAAGGACACGAACAAUAAAAUCAAUAAAAAAGUUCAAAGCUGGGAUGAGAGACUUAUGUCGACCAUUAGA